AGAAAAUCUCUCUAGUCAAAUUGAUGAAAUAUGGAUACCACAACAAAUUAUACAUAUAGUCACCCAACCUACACUUACCUCUGCAAUUCAGAUUACACAUAGUGAUUACUGUAUCAUACACACCAAUUUACAAUUGUAUGUCAACCCUCCCAAAUGCCACAAAAAACAUAAGUUUAAAACUUAUAAAUAUGAUACUAUGACCCCAGAAUUGUGGGAUCAAUUUCAACAAGACACCCAAUAUAUCACAUCACAGAUUACUGAAACUAUAGCACAUAUACUUUCAGUUAACUAA